CUACAAAUGGUUUACUGAUCUUGAAUCAGCGAUGAAGUCUGAGACAGAGGAAAAGUAUCGGCACUAUGUCAAUACUUUAACUGAGCGCAUCCAGACGUGUGAUGAUAUACUUCACCACGUUGAUGAGACACUUGACCUAUUUAAUGAGCUGCAGCUUCAACAUCAAGGAGUAACAACGAAGACUAAGACUCUUCAUGAUGCAUGUGACCGGCUGUUAAUGGAGAAACAGAAAUUGAUGGAAUUUUCAGAAGCUCUAAGGAGUAAGCUCAACUAUUUUGAUGAAUUGGAGAAUGUAAGAUUAAAAUUCUGGCCUACCAACAUAUUUUUUUGCCACAUGUCAAUGUAUCAGUGUGUAGUUGAUGGAGGUCGUCUUCUUGUCUUGCUCAUUAGUCAUUAUCAUUAUAUUGAAGAGGAAGUACCUCAGCAAGGUCUUAAUCUCCCUCCUUCUUCCUCUGGGAAUACAAAGUUUUCUUAA